ACUCACACACAGAGCCUGGCAACAGCCAAUCAUUACCCGGCAAACUACAUUCGGGGCUUGUGAUUGGCAGGCGGGGCAUGGCGGCCGUGGCGAGGACGCUGCUGCAGAGGGAGCUGGAGGGCUGCUUCCUCACGCUGAUUGGCGGAGGACCCGAGGCGACUCAACUUCUCGCCCAAUUAGCUGUCGACCUUCACAUCGCGUACCAGGUAAGUUCGUACAACCUGGACGCACGCCGCCCCCCGAACAUCAUGUGGACACAGAGCCCCUGCGACGCCUUCCUGGUGGUGGAGGGCGGCGCGGCGGGGACCCUCGAGUACCUCCAGAACGACGCCCUCCCCUGGAACUACCGCGGCAGGUACGUCUUCUUCGGCGACUCCUGCCCGCGAGACCUCCAACACCUGGCCGCCACGAGGAAGAUGAGCAAGACGGAGCACGUCAUUUUUGUGUGCGGGGGGCGCGGGGCCGGCCUGGAGGUGUGGACCCACUGGCUAUAUUCCCCGAGGCCGUGGAGGCUAAUCGGGUAUGCCUCCCACAACGGCCUGACCAGACUGUCGCCCUUCUUCCCGCCCAAGCUGGCAGACCUCCAGGGCUUUCCUCUCGUGGUCAAGACCUUCGCCUUUGCUCCUUCUGUGUUCGGGACAGUGGCGAAGGAGGAAACAGAAGGACCAAAAGGAGAAAAAGGAAAAUCACAACAAGAAGAAGAAGAAAAGGCCGAAGAAGGAGGAGGCAAAGGGCGUGAAGGAGGGCGUGUGUUUCUUCCCGUAGGAGGCCAAGACGUGUCCUUCAUCCUCCUGCUGGCGAAACACCUCAACUUCACCGUCCAGUGGCGCCACCCCGGCCCUGAGCUGUGGGGCACCCUGCAGGAUGACGGCACCUACACGGGCGUGGUGGGCCAGGUCGGAAGCGGUGACGGGGAGCUGGGCGUCGCUAACAUAUUCCUUGACAUUCUACGGACCCGCUACGCCACGUUUACAUACCCCUACACCUAUGAGAUCGCCUGCUUCAUCACGCCGGCGCCCCAGGAACUCCCCCCGUGGAUCUCCCUCGGGUCCCCUUUCUCCGUCGAGGUGUGGGCGGCCCUGGUGGCUACGUUACUCGGCGCCAGUCUCCUCGGCCCCCUCCUGGCCCGCAUCCUCGACCUGCCGAAGGAUAUGCCGAUGUUUUACAGCUGGGGCAGGUGGUUCGCAUACACAGUUGGCACCUUCACCUGUCAGAGCCAAAAGGUGCCACUCACAGACCGGCUCCGCUUGGCCUCCAUCUCGCUGCAGCUCAUGGGUUUCGUGGCGGCCAUCAGUUUCAGCGGCAACCUCACGGCCUUCCUGACGACGAGGAACGUGGAGGCUGCCGUCAGAAGUCUAAGUCAGUUGGAUGGGAGCGGCCUGGCGGUGGUUGGGUUUAGUAACUAUUGGUUGAACUUCUUCCUCGCCUCUCAGAACACUCACUUGCUGUCCCUCGCCCGCAAGUACCGAGCAGUUGCUGACACCCUGCCGGUCUUUAGGUAAGGGUUAGGGUUAGGGUCAAGCGAGGCGCGGAAGGAAGGGAAGCAAGGUGAAGAGACGGUAAAGAGAAGGAAGGGUACAGGGAGAGGAGGUGAGAAAGAGAAGGGAAGGGAGGGUGGAGGAUUGAAGGGUAAGGGGAAGGG